GAAACGUUCCGCGUUUUUAAAUUACUUAUUUAGUUCGAGUGUUGUGUUCGAGUUUGCAUUUCAAGCACCAGGUCUGCAGGUGGUGCUUUAAAAGUCAUAACCUAACAUUUCGACAAAAUGGCAGACGUAGUUCAGGUGUUUAAUUGUUUUUAUUGUAAAUCAAAAAAUUUAACGUGGACGGAAGUUGAAAAGCACCGAUGUUUUGCUGGCAAAUGUUUAUUAAGCAUAGGGGCAAACAAUGUAAUUUAUUGUGAUGAAGAUAUCACUGCUGGUGGAGCACCUGACGAAGUUGUAACAGAAACACAAGAAGACUCGCAAGAAGAUGCUUUGUGUGAUAAGGAAAAUGCAACUGUUUCGAUGGAAAAUGACAAUGCAAAGUGGUCUCACUCUGCAAUAUUAGUGCUAAUUGAUGAAUACCGAAAACAUAAGAAUGACUUAGAAAAAAAGAACUCCUUAAAACGACAUAUUUGGAAAAAGAUAGCUACCAAUAUAAAUAAUGAAGAGUCCAGUUCUUACACAUGGGACCAGAUACAAAAUAAGUGGAAAAGUUUGUUACGUACAUACAAAAAUGUAAAAGACCACAAUAAUGAAACAGGCAGAGGGCGCAAAAAUUGGCAGUACUUUGAUCUUAUGGAUGAACUUCUGAAAGGGAAUCCAACUGUUCAACCACCAGUAGUAAUUAAUAAUGGCGAGAUAACAGUGUGUAGUGGUAGUCAACCAUCCAUGUCAGCAGAAGAUUCUCCUCGAAAUACACGGUCCAACACUCCAGAGAGCAGUAACAGAAAAAGGAAGUCGUCAUGUGAUAUGUCCGAUUUAUUAAACUCUAUAUUAAAGCAAAACAAACAACAACAUGAAGAAGAGAUGGUGGAGAAACGCCGUUUCAAUACUCUCUUAGAAAAAUUAGUAAAUAAUAUUCUAAACAAGGAGCAAGAAUAAAUGUAUAUUAGUUCUUAUAUCUUAAUAUAACAUUACACGUUUACAGUUUAUUCAUAAUAGCAAUGCGUUUAUCAUUACCCUUCCUAGUGUCUACAUCCGAAAAACGAUUACGUAUCUGGCUUUUACCAUCCUCGUUAUCAUCAUUAAUGAUUUCUGGAACUUCCUCGCAACGUUGUGUGCAAAAAUUGUGUAAUAUACAUGCUGCCAUAAUCACAUGUGGUAUAUAAAAAGGAUUGUGUAAUUCCAAAUAAUUUAAUCUUCUCCACCUGGCUUUCAAGAUACCAAAAGCUCUUUCAAUUGGUGAUCUAGUAGCAGCAUG